GCGUCAAAGAAGGAGCGUGGCAAGGGUAACUGUUGUUAAGAAAGAAGAUAUGUAUGACAUUGAACACACUCAUGUACACACUCAUCUCAAGAGAGUGCCCAGUAUGUGUUUGAUUUUGUGUUUCAGUGAGAGAACCUCUUCAGUUUUCAGCUUUUCACAUUCCUUUGCCUUUUCUUUCCCGUUGUUUUCAGCUUUUUCUUCCAUUUAAAAGGUUAAGUUUAUUAUCUACACACUCUCCUUCCAUCAAGUUUUCUUCUCCAGAUUUUAGGCAUUGAGUUCAGAACAAUUUCACUUUCUCUUUCAGCUUGAUUGUCUUCUACUUCCUCUGUUUUGAGGAUCUUUGUUGGUGGGAUUUUCAGCUGUGACAGCAUGGUUUGAUAGCUAGGUUCAAGGUUUAGGAGUGAGGUGUAGUUUAAGGUUAAGGUGGGAAACAAUGGGUGAGAAGAGAUCUGCUUCAAAGUACAAGAGAGUGAAGAUCCAUGAACUAGUUCUUUUGGGAUUUGUUUUGAUCUGCACUGUUCAAUUUUCAUUUGCUGACACUAAUCCUAGUGAUGUUGCUGCAAUCAAUGGUCUAUAUACUGCAUUGGGAAGCCCUCCUCUUCCUGGGUGGGUUUCGAGUGGCGGAGACCCUUGUGCACAAGGGUGGCAGGGUGUUCAAUGUAAUGGCUCAGUCAUACAAGAAAUAAUUUUGAAUGGUGCAAAUUUGGGAGGAGAACUGGGUGAAAGCUUGGGAUCCUUUGUUUCUAUCAGAGCAAUAGUUCUAAAUAACAACCAGAUUGGGGGAAGUAUUCCGUCCAGUUUGCCAGUCACCUUGCAAAACCUUUUUCUUUCAGACAACCAGCUUACCGGAAGUAUUCCUCCGUCAUUAUCCUCAUUGCCUGAACUGACUGACAUGUCUCUCAAUGACAAUCUUUUAACAGGAGAAAUACCAGAUUCUUUUCAGUCACUUCAGAAAUUGAUCAAUCUAGAUUUAUCCAAUAAUAAUCUGAGUGGGGAGUUGCCCCCAACUAUGGAGAAUUUAUCAGCUCUGACCUCUGUACAUUUACAGAACAACAAACUGUCCGGGACCCUGGACGUUUUACAAGACCUUCCACUGAAAGAUUUGUAUAGUAGUUACAACCAGUUUGCCGGACCAAUACCUCAAAAGCUAUUAAGCAUCCCUAACUUCAGAAAUGAUGGAAAUCUGUUUAAUACUACUUUAGCUCCGUCUCUUCCACCUCGUUCUCCGGGGACACCAUCACCAUCAGGAACUGUGGUUUCUGGGGUGCCAUCUUCUUCUGGACGCAUACCAACUAAACAGGCUGAUGGACCAACUGCAGCAAAGGAAUCAAAUUCAGGGAAGUCAAAAGGGAGAACCAAAAGGGUUGUUUGGAUAACCAUUGCUAGUAUACUAGGAGCUGUUAUUGUGGCACUUGCACUCCUUCUAUUUGUUCCACACUGUAGAAGAAGGGAACAAGUUGACAGAACUUCCAAGAGACUUGAUAUUGGUGCUUUUGGAGGUGAAGCCCAGAAUCCUAGAAACUAUGAAGCCAUGGUUCAACCACCUAGUCAAGCUGAGAAAUUACCAAAAGGAGCUGCUGUGAAGCCUAAAGACAAGCACAAUGCAGAUACCAGGAGAAUGGCUACUACUCCAAGGCCACAAGAUGAUCAAGAUGUGCAAAAAAUGCAACCAUUACCCAAGCUUUUGGUUGAUCAUGAGAUUGAUAUGAGUGGAAUAGAUUCAUUUUCAAUGCCUUCUCCACCCCUACCCCCACCAUCUCCGCCACCGGUUGCUGAGAGGGUGAUUGUUGAGCCAGCUAAAUUCCAUGCAGAGGCUAACACCAAUACUUCCAACAAACGUCCGGUUCUUCCCACUUUUGCGAAAUCUUUCACCAUUGCAUCACUUCAACAGUAUACAAAUAGCUUUUCUCAAGAGAAUCUUAUAGGGCUGGGCAUGCUAGGAAGUGUGUAUAGGGCAGAGCUUCCUAAUGGAAAGAUACUUGCUGUCAAGAAACUAGAGAAGAGAGUUUCUGAUCACCAGAAGGACGAUGAGUUUCUUGAAUUGGUAAAUGGUAUUGACAAAAUACGGCAUGCAAAUAUUGUUGAACUCAUUGGAUACUGUGCAGAGCAUGGCCAAAGGCUUCUGAUUUAUGAAUACUGCAGUAACGGAUCACUCCAGGAUGCAAUCCAUUCGGAUGAUGAAUUUGGAACAAGAUUGUCAUGGAAUACUCGUAUUCGGAUAGCACUCGGAGCUGCUAGAGCCUUAGAGUAUUUGCAUGAGCAAUGUCAGCCACCAAUUGUGCACAGAAAUUUCAAGUCUGCUAACAUUCUCCUUGAUGAUGAUCUAUCUGUCCGCGUCUCUGAAUGUGGUUUGGCUCCAUUGAUAACUUCGGGUUCUGUAAGUCAGCUCUCAGGACAACUGCUAACAGCCUAUGGCUACGGGGCUCCAGAAUUUGAGUCCGGAAUUUACACCUACCAAAGUGAUGUUUACAGCUUUGGAGUGGUUAUGUUAGAACUUUUGACUGGCCGAAAGUCCUAUGACAGGUCGCGCCCUCGAGGGGAGCAGUUUCUGGUAAGAUGGGCUAUUCCUCAACUUCAUGAUAUUGAUGCAUUAUCUAGGAUGGUUGAUCCUUCUCUAAACAGAGAAUACCCUGCGAAAUCAUUGUCGAAUUUCGCAGACAUUAUCUCUCGAUGUGUUCAGUCAGAGCCAGAAUUCAGGCCAGCAAUGUCAGAGGUUGUCCUGUACUUGCUAAACAUGAUAAGGAGGGAAUCUCAGCAAUCCGAAUCAAGCGAAAAAUGAGAAUGACAGUGAUGUUUGAUCAUGAAUGGAUGUGCAAACUGCAAAGUUAUCAACUAGUAAGAGAUAUUCAUGUCAUCCAAACAGGGCCUCAUUACUUGCUCUCCUACUUGCCCAUCCAACAGCAUUCACAUGCCAAGUUCUUCCAAGGAGCUUUUUCCAAAUGGCUUAAGAGACUUAUUGCUCCCCUUGUAUUAUUGGUGUAGUUAUAUUCAUAGUAUAAAAUAUCUGAUAAGUUUUAUGGUUCAUUUAAACCAUGCCAUGUUUUUUAGUUCAUGUUGCAGUGCCCUUCUAGUUAGGCCAAUUGUUUGAAGAUUGCUUCCAUAUUCUUGAUGGUGAAAUGUAAUUAUUUGCUUUCUAAGAAUAGAUUUUCACAUCAAAGCAAAUAUUUUGCUGAACGUUUAUAUUAUUAAUUUAUAAUUUCCUUUUGUAGACAA